GAAAAUUGGACCGAUGCAAUUUUUUUUCUCCAGUUGCCCCCGCGUUGGUGCUCUCCGUGUCCCUCGCAUGCUCUCUGUCUCUAGUGGCGACGACUCGCCGCCGCCACCGUACGCCCAGGUCGCCAUUUCCGGGCCCUUGCCGACGACGAGCACUCACCAGUGCCUCGGGUGGGCAUGGACGAAGCUGCAGAUUCCUCCGAACUGCUUCGUCGCGUCGAGGAGCUCCAGCGCGAAAAGGAUGAAAAACAGAAUUCUUUGGAAGUAUUGUUACGACGGGUUGAAGGGCUACAAUAUGAGAUGGAUGAAAAAGUAGAUCUUGUUGAAGUGUUAACUCGUCAAGUUGAAGACCUCCAGCGAGAGCGUGAUGCCCUCAGAAAAGAUAUUGAGCAAUUAUGUAUGCAACAAGCCGGGCCUGGUUAUGUUUCUGUUGCAACUCGAAUGCUUACUCAGAGGACAACAGCUUUGGAACAGGAUAUUGAGAACCUCCAGAAAAAAUUAGGCGGUUGCUUAAGAGAGAAUCAAAAUUUGCAAGAGGAGCUUGCUGAAGCUUAUCGAAUUAAGAGCCAACUUGCUGAGUUACAUGGUGCUGCACUAUCUAAGAAUAAGGAUCUAGAAAAGCAAGUAAGAUUUUUCCAGAGCAGUGUUGCUCAAGCGUUUGCUGAACGGGACAGUUCAUUAAUGGAGUGUGAGAAAGCAAAAGAGCGGGAGGAAGCAGUGUCAAGAAAAUUUGCUGAUUUUGAGGAAAGGAUGAGAGAGUAUCAAUCAGCGAUUGAUGAACAGAAAUACAUAAAUGAUGACUUGCAGAGGGAACUGACAGAACUGAAGGCGCAUACAGAAUUGUCCUUGAAAGUUAUUCUAAAAUUCUAUGACCUUCGUUGCAGAGACUCUGAAUGUUCUUCAAGUGUUACUUUUGAAGAGAAGUGUUCAAUCCUUCUAGAUGAUUCUGCUGACAAUUGGAGUUUUUGCUCUGAUGGCGGAACCGCAACUUUGAAGUACAUUGCGUCUUUAGAAGAGGAGAAAGAGUCACUUAAAGCUAAAAUAUCAAAGCUGCAAAACAACUUAAGGAUGGGACUUGAGAUUGAACAGCAUUUGCAAAGAAAUGCACGAAUAUUAGAGAAAAGACAGGCACUGUAUGAUGGAUUUCUGAGAAACGGAUUGUCAGAACUUCAAAAGUUCUACACAUAUCAAAAGGCUGAAAUUAUGAAAAUAUUGGAAGAAGAAUCGUUGCAGUUGAGCAAAGUUGUUGCGGAGAUUCAGGAUAAGCUAACUGAAAUGUGCAUCAACACUGAAGUUAAUGAACACCCUGCCGAUGAGACUCAAUGUUGCGACAGCAGUUGUAAAGAUGUGCAUGUUACUACAGAUAUCAGUCCUAGCACAUGCCCAAAGAGUGAUUCUCCUGCUGAUCCUAACUCCAUGUCGUUUGAUGAAUCUAAAGCACUUGCACAAGCCUUACAGGAGAAGAUGGAAGCACUUAUGCUCUUCUCACAGGAACAAGAAAGAUACCUAUUAGAAAAACAGAGAGACCUGAUUGUUAUUGAAGAACUCCAGAAGAACUUAUCUCAAGUUAAAGAUGAAAAGGUGAAGGUCCUGAUGGAAUUAGCAAAACUGAAAGAACAAUAUUUGCUAUUGAAGGGCAGUUCUGCUGUGAAGGAAGGUCAUGAUACUGGUGAUUCAUCUAAAGUCAUUCCUGGGCAUGACCAACAAGGGAUGCUGAAGACUAUGCUGAAGAGGACAUCUUUAAGACACUGGAUGAGAAAAGAAAGUAGUACUAUUGGACAUGGGAGCUCUGAUGGAAAUGAUCAUACAGUUUGCAAAGAGCAUUCAGUGGAUGUUGCAAGGUUAAGAGUUGAAAAUUCUACGCUUCUUGAAGGUGUUGGUACUGUUGAGCGUCUCACUUCUUCAGUGCAUAGACUGCAUAUUGUGCUUUUGAAGGCUUAUGAUGAUAUCAAGUCAGCUGAUUCUUUGGAGAGUACCUUCGAAGCGCUCAACAGUCUUAUAACUGAAGCAAACGUUAUGAAGACAGCUCUUAAUGUGGUUCUUCCAGUAAGCUGGUCUGGGGAUUCAUCAGAUGCAAUUACAUAUGAAGCUCUGUGCGAACCAUCUGAUUCACCUAAAUCAAAGUCUGGUAAAGUAGACCCGCUCUCUUCUGCAGGCAUGGAGAUGGUGGAGCUACUAAUAUUGGCUGCUGAGAUUCUCAAGGAGAGCUUUCUGGUGAAGAAAUAAGGCCUCCAUGUAAGAACGAGUCUGUCAGCAUGCAAUUUAAUCCUUGAAGUUAAUUUUUGGGUGUAUAUACUUAAACUGAUUGCUAAAAGUUAGCUACUAGACUAUUUUGAAUGUAGAGAAAAAGGCAAAUGUGUACUGUAAUUUAGGGUUCGCUGCUAUUGCUGUGUCUUGUGUUGGUAGACUUUUUUUUUUAAAGCCUUUCAAUUAAGUUGGGAAAAAAAGUUUUUGUACAAGGAAAGAAGGUCAGAGGCAAUCAGGUCACUGAAGCAAACACACAGAGGAUUGUGUUGGUAGACUAAUAAAGGGUUAAUAACCAAGUGUACAAAAUUCAGUUUACAAGCAAAGAUUAAGUAGAUGGAUGUUUGAUAUUAUGGUAUGCAUCCAAAAUCUUCGUUGUACAGACAUCAAUAUGGGUAUCGUCAUCAUUUGAAAUAACAAACAUAGGUAGGUUGUGAAUUGGGCGUAAUUCAAUGGGUUGGUUUCUUGUGGAAUUUGCAUACUGUUUAGCCUCAAUCACAGGCACGGGUGAUUGUAUUUUUCUAGAUUUAUUUUAGGAUUGAACGACAGGUGAUAUGUCUGUUGAUGGAGAUGCCUAUGAUAAUUUUAUGGCCUUGAGAUUUCUUAGUU